CUUGAAAAUAUGUUUGGAUGUGCUCUGAUCUGUCAGCUGUAACCUCGGGAAGCUCUUGUGAGGUUUCACAUUGACAUAUUGACGGUUCCCCGCAGCCUGAUAUUUCGUGCUCGGUUUUUACUUUUAGGUGAAAUACAGAUGGCGGAGGUUGAAAACAAUCCUGAGAAAGAAAUGAUUACACAGUUCCACAAGAAUGCGGCUACAGGAAAUGCAGCAAAAUUAUCAACUAUGUUAAAUUAUUCAACCUCUCUCAUUAACAAAAUGGAUGAAAAAGGCUGGACUGCCUUGAUGUAUGCUAGCAGGAAUGGACAUUUUGAGGUUACUCAGCUGCUUCUUGAAAAAGGGUGUGAUACAUCUAUUUCAAAUAAUUCGGGACAAACGGCAGUGGAUAUUGCAGAAUUCUGGGGACACAAGCACAUUGCUGAUUUGUUGGCAAAUCCUAAAUCUGAUGUUAGAUCAAAGAUGUGGUGUGAUGGCCCAGAAGAAAAUGAGAAUUACUUUGGCAGAACUUUGCUCAAUAGAUUAAGUGUAAAAAGGACCAAUUCCAAUUGGAUAAAAAACAAGCAGAUACAACCAACCACUGUCUACAUUGUAUUUUCCAAUCUAAAUCCAUUAGUUAUUUCUGCAAAAUGUGAAGACUCUGGAAAAACUGGCAUCCAUCUCUGCAGGUUGCAGUAUGAGGAUGUAGAGCAGCUCUUGGUCAAACCAAAAGUCACUUCUGUUUUCCUUGGAGCAGAGCUCCAGAGUGAAUCUUAUGCUAAAUUUGCAUUAGGCAGUGCCUUAGCAGAAGAUGAUGGGCUUAUUGCUUGGUUUGCAGUAAAUGCAGAAUUUAUUGCUCCAGAAAAUUUUAGGGUUAAAUACCCAGAUUGUUGUUUUCUCCAGCCACUCAUUCCACAUCUAUUGAACUUCAGUAAGGAGGAAGCUGGUGUGGUGGCACAGGCCAGAUCUGUCCUUGCCUGGCAUAGUCGGUACAAGUUCUGUCCUACCUGUGGAGGUAGCACAGAAGUUCAAGAUAGUGGUUAUAAGAAAAUAUGUUUGCAGAAAAACUGCCCAAGCCUCCAAGGAAUCCAUAAUACUUGCUAUCCACGUGUAGAUCCAGCUGUAAUAAUGCUGGUCAUUCAUCCUGAUGGCAAUAAUUGUCUUCUUGGAAGACAGAAGCGUUUCCCUCCAGGAAUGUUUUCGUGUCUGGCAGGAUUUAUUGAACCAGGGGAGACAAUAGAAGAUGCUGUACGAAGGGAGGUUGCAGAAGAAACUGCUGUCAAGGUUGGGAAUGUUCAAUAUGUUUCCAGCCAACCCUGGCCAAUGCCUUCAUCUCUCAUGAUUGGUUGCCAAGCUAUUGCUGUAACAACAGAAAUUAUUGUGGACAAAACAGAGAUUGUAGAUGCCCGUUGGUUCAGUCGGCAGCAGAUUACUGAAAUCCUGACGCAUGAGAAUCAUCCAAUUAGCAUUCCGCCACAGCAAACUAUUGCACAUACACUAAUUAAAAAGUGGCUUGUAAAGAAUGCACACCUCUGAGUAUACUGCUGUGAUUACAUCAUCCUAUUGACCUGCAAUUAAAUCAGUUGAUCUGUCAAUCUUUGUGAGAAGACAGCAGUAAUCUCACCAAAAAGAACAUUAGUGAAGUAAUUUUCCACUCAUUACAAUAUUGUUAAUUCCAAUGAACAUUUGUCAAUUUGUAGAUUGUAGUACAACAAACAUUUUAUUAACUGGCCUCUGUGGGACCAAGAGUGGUCCAGUUGAUCAAAUAUUUUAGGUAAUCAAUAGGUAUGCUGACCAAGUGAAGCUUUGAGGCAUUAGCAUCCCUCACCAAAUCCAAAUAAAAACAUUGAUACAUCUCCUAAAGUGUAAAAACACACAGUAAGUAAUAUAAAGGUAGCACAGAGCUUAUACACAUCACUGUUCUACUUAGUGAUAUUUUAGAUAUCUAUUUUUUCCCAAUUUAUUAAGAGUGCCUGUUGAAAUGGUGCCGGUUAAAACAAAGUUUGCUGUAUUUCAUUUACGAAUAAGCUAGUAACAUUAAUUUGAAGUGAUUUUUGAUUUGUUUAUUGAACAAGGAUAUAUUUUCAAAAUAAUUCACAUUGAUUUACUACUUAUAACAAAUGAGGGUGAUUUCCCCUGUUCUCAAGUCAGAGCAACUUCUCAAGCCAGAAGUAUUUGACACUUUUCCCUGAUAUCUGGAUGUGUUCCUUUAUGGUUGUCAGAUCCUUACAUUUAUUCCACUUUCAGAAUUGCUUUGCCUCAAAUACUAGAUUAAUAAAAAACAAUUUAAAGCUGUUUGUCUCUUGCAAGUUAGAAACAUAGGCAACCAGGCUUCAUCUUACCCCUGUGGAGAAAAGUACAAUAAGCAAUCUGUUUGCACCUAUGAAUCCCAUCAGGAGUCAUUUUCACAUGUUGCUCCAGGCGAAUAGAAGUUAAUUAACAUCAUAGGGAAAGGUGUCAGGAGAAGUAUCAAGAAAGACUGCCAAGUUGUUGUUCCUCAAGAUUCACCUGACAGCUGUAACGAACAUUACAUCAUAUUUUAUGGGGUAUAUGCUGAUUCUUUGAAAUAAUCACAAAAACAAGUAUUGUCUUCAUAGUGCAUGGCUAGAAAUGCCACAUGGUUGAUACACCCCAAUCUCGUCCUGAGAUCUUGACCAUCAUAAAUGCCAAACUUCAGCCAAUUUAGUUUACUCCAUGUUACAUUAAGAAACAACUGAGGAAUGAGAUCGAGCAAAGGCUAUGUGCCAUAACAACAUAUUGACUUUAGUACGAAAGACCUGUCCUCCAGAAUUAGCUUACCCUUAGCCAAGCUGUUCCAACGUAGCUACAAUACUGGCAUGUACCUGAUAAAAUGGAAAAUUGACCAGGAGUUCCCUUCUGGAAACCGCAUGACAAAUCCAAUCUAGUCAAUUGCCACCUUCCCACUAAUCACAGUAGUCACUGAGUUAAUAGAGGGUGUCAUUAGUGCUGCUCGAUAACAUUAUUACUUUUCAAAUAGCCUACUCCUCAAUACUCAACAAUGAAACUAUUUUUUCAAAGAAGUUCUGUCACACCCCCAUUCAUAUUUUUCAUUGUUACUAUGUUCAUUAUACAAUUAUUGACUAUCCUAAAAAAAAGUCAUUAAUCUGUCUUUGAUCAAUGCCUCGGUGUUAAUUAGCAAUAUAUUUCUUAAUAGCACAUUCAAAUUACAAUUCUUUACGAGAUUCUUUAAUAUUUUACAACUCUUAUUCAAUGACCUAAAAUAACAUUUAAAACUCUGAUAAAACAUGAAAGAUAUAAAUUAUAACUGGUCAAAAUUGAUUUCUACUUAGAAUGUUAUGUCCAUUGUCAUGGUCGAAAAGUGUGGCACCGGAAAAGCACACCAAGUCAGGUAGCAUCCAAGGAGCAGGAGAGUCGACAUUUCGGGCAUAUGCCUGACCUGCUGUGCUUUUCCAGUGCCACAGUUUUUGACUCUGAUCUCUAGCAUCUGCAGUCCUCACUGUCUCCCUGUGCAUUGUCAUGCUCAUGCAGAUGAAUCUAUGGUAAAAUGAAAAAUGAAUACAUGCAGAAUCAGGUGAUCUUGCUCCUUUCUCUGCAAUGAAAUGAAAUUGCUUGGGAUUCAAAGUAGCCAGAUUGUCAGAACAUGAAAAGAUACUUUUGAAAUAUUCCUUUGAGAAGAGGUUAAAAAGUAGCAGGACUACAUUUGUGGAUCUAAUAGCUAUUAUCCUAUCAGUGUUUAGAGAAACUGUUGCAAAUUUACCACUGGCUUAAUAGCUGCAGAGUGGGUCUGAGGAGAAACGACAAGGCCAAAAUUAACACCAAAAUUAAAACUACACCUCCUCCCAUCCUGCCCUGGACUACACCUCCUCCCAUCCUGCCCUGGACUACACCUCCUCCCAUCCUGC